UCUUAUCUUAUAUAACUAUACUGUUAAUAUUGCAUUAAUUACCUUACCUCUCUGCAUUCCCAGCAAUCCUGACCGUUUAACUUAGCUCUGUUUUUUACUGGUAAAAAAUAACUUGUGUUAAUUUUAUCUUUCAAUGUACUAACAUUUUCCAUUUGCAUAGAAGUAUGUUUAGACGAAGGACAUAAUUCAAAAUUUAUACGUUUUACAGGAAUUUUCCUUGUAGGACGUAUAAAUUUUGGAUUAUGUCUUUCGUCUAAACAUACUUCUAUGCCUACUAGGAGGGGUCAUAAGAAAGAUACAUACGCUUCGGCGGCUGUAUGUAUCUUUCUUAUGACCCCUACUCUACCCUCACCACGAGUGACUCGCUUGCCCCGCGGUUCUCUUCUGGCAACUUUGCCUAGUAGGCUCUAAAGACUGAGUGCGCUCGAUUAUUUAGAAAAAACGGUCGUACACUCGUGACAAAUGCUGUAAAUCAAUGUUCUGCAGUUUCCGAGAUACUGGAGGCAAUAGUGCCUGCAGUUGAUUAAUUCCCAUUGGUGCUUCUUAUAGUUUUUCGUACAGCUUUUUUUCGCAGCUUUAUCAAUUAGUCCUUUCUAAACAUAUUAAUAUUACUGUCUUUCAGGAUUUUUUCCCAGCCCUUUUUAGGGCUAUUUGUGUUUUCUUACAGGUCUUGUUAAAAUAAUCCUUUUCAGGGCUACUGUACAGCAGCCUUUUUCAGACCUACAACACACCAGUCCAUUUCAAGACUACUGUUUAUCAACCCUUUUUAGGCUAUUAUUAGCCCUUUUCCGCAUCAAUAAAAGUACAUAUCCUUUUAAUUCCCAAAUAUUUUAUAACCUAAAGAGUGCAGAUUUUGAUUCAAAUUGACUAUCUUUAAUAAUAUUUAGUGUAAAAUGCCAAAUCGAAACCGAUUAAAUUGUUACAUAUGUAAUGAAAGAUUCCCUUUAAGAACAAUGGCGCGUAUUGAUGAAGAAGGAAACGCUGACAAACUGAAAAUAGCCAUUUAUAGACGAAAUGAUUUCAAUUUGCCUCUUUUAGAUGUAACUGAUCGUACACGAUUAUGCCUUAAUUGUAAUCGGUCGGUUCUUGAAGAGAUAAGAGCUAUUGAACAAGACCCUGGCUGCUCUUAAGAUUAAAUGUUUUAACGCAGACUAAUACCUGUAUCAUCUGUAAUGCCGAGUUUGAUUUGCAUCGACUCUCAAUGGACUGCAAAGCUAACGUUUUCAUUUCUACAAACAUUUUCAUUCCUGAUAAUGUAAAAUCAUGUAGACAUCAUUUAGAUCAUCGAGGUUAUCUUCUGUCACUCUUGUUACUUGGCUUGCGUUUCAUCAAUAGACCGUACCUGAUUAGAGGACCGCAACUUCAAAUAUUUCUACAAAGUCUACGUAAUGUAGCGCCAAGUAUGACCAGAGUAGAAGAUGAAUAUAGUUUUAGCGAUGAGGAGUUCAGAAGCUUUUGUCUUGUAACAAAAGAACAAUUUCGGGAACUAUUUACGUUUUGCGAUAGAAUCCCUUGUGCUAAUGGAUACAGAUAUGUCAGUAAGAAGGAUCUACUACUUUUUUGAUGUAAGUUGCGAAAAGGUCUUUUAGAUGAAUUCCUUACUUCUAUGUUCCAGUAUUCAAGUAGACAGGCAACAAGUAUGGCUAUUGCGACUGUGAGAGAGUCUUUGAUGCUGCGUUUUGUGCUUAGCAAUAUUGGCUUUGAUGCUAUAACCCGUGAAAAUUAUAUUGCUAGACAUGUUACAGAAUUCGCCAAUGAGUUGUAUAAUCCAGAGCCUGAUACUCCUCGAGUCAUUGCAAUCAUCGAUGGUACCUACACUUAUAUCCCAAAAAGUACCAACUUCAGAGCAUUACGACAGUCUUAUUGCGUACAAAAAAAUCGACAUUUAAUCAAACCGCACUUAAUAGUUGCUCCUGAUGGCUAUAUUCUAGACAUCCAAGGUCCACUUUUCUGAUAGUCGGAAUAAUGAUGCUGUUAUUCUAGAGUUUCAGAGAGAUGCGGAAAGAAUGAGGCAAUGGUUACAAGAGAACGAUAUUGUUCUUGUCGAUCUUGGAUAUUGAGAUGCUAUUGAGUUACUCAAUCACUUCGGUAUUGUUUUGAAGACGACGGUACAUCUCGAACAAGGUGAACGUCAACUUAGCACGGAAGAUGCUAAUGCUUCGCGUAUUGUUACGAAAUCAAGGUGGAUGAUAGAAGCAAGAAAUGGGCAUAUAAAGUCAAUCUUUAAAUUCUUUGAUCGGGUCGUACAGAUCCAACAUGUUCCACAUGUAGGAGACUUGUACCGGAUAGCUGGUGCUAUAAUUAAUAAAUAUCAUCCGCUUCUAACAAUGGUAGGUGCUAACGUUGAACUAGCUCGGCGAUUACUUGAAAAGGCGAAGGAACCAAAUGUUCAAGCCUUUGUAGAAGCAAAAAGUCUUCACACCCGAAACGCUCAAAGAUGGAUUCGCUUAGAUACAGCGCACUUAAAUGAUUUCCCAAUUCUAACAAUUGAAUAUUUAAGAGACCUUACGUUUGAUGUUACGACAUGAAAACAGACUACCUUGGGCAGGUUUAAUAAGGGUUAGAGUAUAUUCUAGAUUUCGUAACGCAACGAAAUAUCAACUCUGGAUAGCAUAUCGAUCAGCUCUCGAAGAAAUAGAAAACGACGAAAUGGAAGAACAUGAUGAUCCAAGGUCAUGACGAUACAAGGUCACUAUUGUACUUGCAAAUCCGGGAGUCGAACUGUUGGCACCUGUGCACAUGUAGCCAGUGUUAUAUGGUACAUAGGAUAUGCAAGGCAUCAGGCAAAUAUUUGUUACCUUUCUGCACGACUGAUUGAGAGCGUGCAAGAUGCUGCAAAUCGUCUGCAAGAAUAAAUAUAACCACUAUAAAAGGCAGGUUACUGCAAAAUGUCAAUUGCAUCAACCUUUUUAGGAAAUAAUUAGUAUACUUAAUCUGAUCUUGGAUCAGAUAAAAAACAUCACAACACAAAACCUGACUCAAUGAAACUCACACCGUGACUGUGUACAAAUAUAAAAACGUAUACCUUUUACACUUUACGACAACCUAACCCUCGGUCUUAUCUUAGUUGGUCGGUGCGGACACGCACGAGCACACACACGCACACAAACGCCCGCGCGCAGAUAAAUUUGGUGCAAUGAUAACUUUUCAUCGUCAUGACAAAAACUACCACAUACUGAAGAUUCAGCCAAUUUGACCGAAAACCAAUUUCUAUAUGUUUUUGCGGGGUCCUUUAAUUUAACUGUAAACUUUAACAUCUAGUAAACGUAAAAUAAAUUUGAAAUUUUUACUUGGAAAAAGACAUUAUAUGUUCCGGAUGAGCUCUCUUUCGGAUUAGAUUCUUCAAUUUUUAAGGGCACUAUGGAUAUAUCACUUAAUUCUCCAAAAGAGACGAAUCUAAUUCAUCCUACCUCUUCGGAAGUUAACAGUGCUGCCCCGAUUACUAAUACGAUAGACUCAUAUAACUCAAAUGAAAUCCUUGAAAGAUUAACGGUACUAGAAAAACAAAUGAAUGAACUACUCGAAGGGCAUAAGCAAUUGAUGCAGCAAGGUCAACAGAUACUAGAGGAAAUGUUACUGCAUCAGAAAACAGUAGGCAAAGUAAAUGUAACAAAAAUCUUUUACGAACUGCUCGAGCGCUUUCCGCUUAAUACGCUAGACCAAUUUAAUGAAAUAGAAAGCGACUCCCAAAGAAGUGCGCGUAAGAAAAAGUAUCAUCAUUUGAAAAGUUUAGGAGGCUCCAAAUUGCGUGACUUUUUACAUUCCUCUCUAAAGGAGAUUAUGACUGACGAGUUGGUUAAUAAGUUUACGUGGUCUGGUGGUGCUGAGUCAAGAAAUUUUGGUGAUACAAAAACUGCCAAUAUCCUAUAUCUUGCAGCUCAAAAUUGUCCGUUUUUCAAAAGACCAGAGAACAAAAUGGAAUUUAAAAUGGACAUGCAGGAGGUUUUACGUGCGGCAAAGCAGAGAAUCCGUAAUAAAAUUUAAAAAAAUGCAUUUCUAACUGAAAAGCAGGAUUCCGAAGAUGAUGGAACCGAUGAUGAUCAAGAGUGUAUAUCCGAGGAGAUGACCGAAUACGAAUCGGAUAAUUAAACGCGUUUACAUAUUAUGUGAAAUAAUAAUAUAUUACAGUAUAAUAUAUUAAAACUUUUGUUAAAUAUUUUGUUGUACUAAGAAAUGUAGACGAUAUGUGAGGAGAUAACCGAAAUGAAGAUAUAAUAUGUAAGGAGAUGAUAUAUGUGAUAUAUGUGAUGAUAUAUGUGAUGAUAUGUGAGAAAUGUAAACGAUAUGUGAGGAGAUGACCGAAUACGAAUCGGAUAAUCAAACGCGUUUAUAUAUUUUAUUAUGUUUGUUAUAGGUUGAAAGUGAAAUAAUAUAUUACAGUAUAAUAUAUUAAAACUUUUGUUAAAUAUUUUGUUGUACUAAGAAAUGUAGACGAUAUGUGAGGAGAUAACCGAAAUGAAGAGAUGAUAUAUGUGAUAUAUGUGAUGAUAUAUGCGAUGAUAUAUGCGAUGAUAUGUGAGAUGACCAAAUACGAAUCGGAUAAUUAGACGUGUUUAUAUAUUAUUAUGUUUGUUAUAGAUUGAAAGUGAAAUAAUAAUAUAUUAAAACUUUUGUUAAAUAUUUUGUUGUACUAAGAAAUGUAGGUGAUAUGUAGACGAUAUGUUUCACAUUUUAUAUGGUAAAUAAAAAAAAUAAAUAAAAAAUGUCAUGUUAUGUC